AUGUCAACCUUUAAUAUCAGACAAUUGGAAGAUAGUGCACGUGAUGUGGACCCCGAUCUUCGGUAUAUGGCCCUUGAGGAUUUCGUUAAGCACUUGAAUAACCCAAAAGUCCAGGCUAGAAAUGUAUCCAGUUUUAUCCCACUUCUUAUUACAUUGCUCAAUGAUAGUGCUACUGAGGUCCAGAAUCAGGCUGUCAAGUCGUUUGCUCCUUUAGUUCGUCAUAUUGAUGACCAGGAGGUUUUAUCUGUGGUGAACAAGUUGUAUGAUGCGGUGUUGAAGAGCUCUAACACUUCCAAGUUUUCUACUUCUGUGCCUAACUUGGCAUUGCGUUCCAUAUUCAACAAUUCGACUUCUAGAUUUGGAAAGAAUUUGGCAAGAAGUGUCAUUGACUCGUUGUUUCCUCGUCUCUUUGCCCCUGAUGCUCCUGUUACUAUUGACAGUAUUGAGAUCAUUAUUGAUUUGAUCAAGGCAUUGGGAGGAACGCUUUCGGCAAGCGAGCUUUCUGGAAUGAUCUUAUCUUUAGUGCGUUUUGCUUAUUCAGAAUCUGGUAUUAUCAGUAAAAGAGCCAUUGUGGCUGUGGAUUAUGCCUUGGAUCAUGUCCACCUGGUUACUCAAGAGCAAACUGUCAGACAACUUCAGUUCUUCGAUAAAGUUGUUAAUGAUAUACAUGCCACAUACUCAGCAAGCUCCAAGAGUGUGGCCGCUAAGAAUACUGAGUUUACUUUGCUUCAGGUGGUCUUGGCUAAAGCUGAUAAGGCCAAACGUGAUGUCUUCUCCGAAGUGUCAGCUCUGAUCAUUUUUUCCGAAGUAACUGCAAACUUAAGACUUGACUCUCUUGCUACUUCUCUCAAUGUGGAAGACUUGGAUGUUGAUGUGUUGGUACUGGAAAAUCUGGUUCGUGAGGAUGCCCUCAUCACAUUGUCAAGUCUUAUCAAUUGCAUUGCUUACGAUACUUUCCUUCAUUCAUACGCCCACUCCGUUGUGGAAAUUGUGCGGGCUUUUAUUGCAUACGACCCAUUGAGGUAUGAUAAUUCUGAUGAUGAUAUUGAGGAUGAUGAGUCCGAGAUCGACUUCUCCGAAGAAGAAGAUUCGAUUGAAAUAUACGAGAACGCAGAGGAUAACGACGGUUUGGCCUCGAAGCUUAGACUUCAAGCCGUCUUUUUGGUCAAGCAAAUGAUACUGGCUUAUCCAGGAAUACUUGGUAUCAUAUAUGGAGAAAACUUGGUGGAGCCUCUUAUCGUUGCUAUCGGUGACAAAAAUGACACCGUUUCUAAUGAGGCUAUUUUUACUACCAUAUUGCUCUUGAAGGCUACCCACUCUGCUGCAACAGUAAGAUCGCGCCCCAACUCUGAUAUCAGCAUGAUGACGGAAAGCGGGAACUCUGGAACUCCUUCUUCCCAAAUGACAACGCGAUUGCCGCCCCUUCUCGAAGACUAUGUGUUCAACUGCCUUUUGACAUCAAAGAAUAUUGCCAGAGUCUCUACCUCCAAUGCUUUGAUAGAGUCAAUGAUCAAGGUCCUUGCUGUAUUCUUAUCGCCAUCAUUCUUGGAAGAGUUAUCCAAAAAGUUCCAAGAGUUCAAGUUGACCCUUAAAACUAAUCCCGAUCUUAUCAAGCUUUAUAAAGUCAUUUUUAAGACUUAUUCGAUAGAUGAUAUACCUUCUGAGCUCCUCCGCUUCAUAUUUGACGAUUUGGUUAGUUCCCUCACGGACACCAAAACGUAUUACAGCUUUAUCUCAGAUAUUUUGCAAGUAUGCAACGAAUUGUAUCCUAAAGUGGCAGGAAAUCAGGAGUAUCAAGAACUCGUUAACAACACAUUGUUCAACCCUAUCGCAGAUAAAAUCAAUGUGAAACAAUACUCAAGUGAUGUGAGGCAGCAUUCUUUGAAUUCGCUCACUGAGCUCAUUGUACACCUUGAUGUAUCACAAGAAAACCUUGCUCAUGCUAUUGAGAUCUACAAGGAGAGUAUGAAUUACGAAGUGACUGUGAACUUCACUAUUGAAAACCUUAUCACCAUUUGCGAAAGAAGACCACAGUUGUUUGCAAACCCUGACUUGUGCAACCUUGUUGUGUCAAAGCUUAAUUCUUAUCUCUCCUCCAGUGACUCGAGUUUGUACGUCAAUUCCUUGGUCUUGUUGGAUGCUAUCUUCGUCAACACUCUUUUCAAAGGAGAGAGCGAAGAUUUACAAAGCGUGACUCGAAAUGUCUUCCACCUUUUGCUGGAAACAAAUGACGCAAACCUCAUCAAUAGGGCUAUUUGUAUCCUUGGACAUGCUCUUAACUAUAUUCCUGCUGAUGGAGAGUUCUUCAAGAAACUCAUCAAUCAAGUCAUCAACAUCAAAUGGAUCGACGAAGAUGACGUCGAUUUACUGUCCCUUGAAUACCUCAUUAACCAAGUCACUAAGAAGUCAUCCCUCGGCGGACAAGAAUUAUACGAUAUUGGUCUACAGAACUUGGUUUUGAGGAACUUUUUGAGUGCCAAGGUCUUAGCGAUCAUUACUCUUGAUUGUGACCUUCAGGACCGAAUCUCGUCAGCAGAAGCCGAGCUUGCCUCCUACUCAGAAAUGACAUACUCAUCUGCUUCCUUCGAUAAGAUCGUGUUCGAUAUCCACUAUUUGGGCUGUAUUGCCGAAGCUGUCGCUUUGACUCGUGUUACCUUUGAAGAGUUCUUUUCCCUUAUGGUUUCCAACAAUAACGAUGUACUCUGCCUCGCCGCUGCUAGAGCUGUUGGCUUAUGCAUCAAAAGGGAUGUCGAGACGUAUUUACCAGUGCUUUUGAAAUACUAUCACUCCUCAAGUCUGAACUCCGAGCUGAAAGGUAGCUUAGUUUUAGUCGCCAUCAAGCAAUUGAUGAAGGGCAACAUGACACACGACAAGCAAAACUUGUUGUCGCACAUUUGGCAUAGCUUGUUCGAUGUUAUCAGCGCUAAAGGUGGGACGCUUUCUCAUAAAGACGUGUCAGAGUUGAAGUUGGCAGGUGAGGUGCUAGCAAAGAUUUGCGAAUUUACCAAACUGGACGAGUACCAAAAUAAACUAUUUGACGUGUUGGAAAGCGGCUCUAUUGAGCAGAGUCAGAUUGACCAUGCUAUCUACACCGUUGUUGUUAUCACCAAACAAUUGAUCAAUGACUCGGAAUCCCAAGUCUUGAACGUGCAGCUUGUGGAGGAGAUUUUGAGAUACCUUUCUAAACCCAACUUGGAAUUAAAGCAAGCCAUUGUUAGUACACUUUUGACGGGUAUACACAACAAGUCGCUCUUAAUUCCGGACCUCCUUAAUGACAAUAUCCUUCCUAGUAUCUACGAGGAAUUGGACGCAAAAGAUGAGUUUAAGAAGGUAAUUCCGAUGGGACCGUACAAGUACGUGGUGGACGAGGGACUCGAAGUCCGAAAGUUGUGCUACGAACUCAUCAAUGCUAUAAUUAACAUUGAUAAUGACCGGUUGAUGGAUAAGGAAGGAGGGGUGAAUCAAACGAAAAUGUUUGAAGUGUUACUGGCCAAGGGCCUCAAUGAUGCUGAAACAAGUAUUGUAAUCAUGGCGGUUCAAAACCUUCUACAAAUCGUUUCAAACGACGAGAAUGUGUUGCAUGCGAUUACAAACCAGCAAGAGAUGAUUUCCGCUCUCACCAAAGUGAUCAAUAAGAAAUUGCGGAGUAAAGCAAGCACGCAAGAAGCGGAAAGUCAAGAGGAAUCAUUGCGUAUGGUUAUAAAACUCCUGAAGGUGAUCAACAACGUGUUGAUACACAGCAACACAUCAAGUGGUGAAUGGGGUGGAUACUUCCACGAAUUGAAAAGCAAGCAUCACCUCUUGUUCAAUGCUGUGGAGGUCUACAUCAGCACCUCUCCAGCGUAUGUGGCCAGUUUACCAGGGCGCGUGUGGGCCUUUGUGGUUGCCCUCUUUGUUUCAGCUAUUGAGAGAAUCUGGCUGGUACUAGAUACGGGGCUCUACUACAUCAUGAACGGGAUUCUUAUGGUGUUGUCGUUUGCCGAUGCCCUUUUGGACUUUUCCGACCGUGUUGUUCAAAAUUACGAACUAGCCAAGAAGGUGUUUAAGUUAUCGAUGCACAAUAGCAUCAACUAG